AUGGUGCGGCCAGUGGUGAGCGUGCAUGUGCGGCUGAGUGACAAAGGGUCCGAGAUGGAUCUUCACCCGCUGCCGGCGUUCAUGCUCGUGGCUGCCCGGCUGAGAGCUCACCGGCCGGACCUGAAGCACGUUUGGCUGAGCACAGAGGUGCAGCUGCCAUUUCUCACGCAUUCAGCUGCCAUUUCUCACGCAUUCAGCUGCCAUUUCUCACGCAUUCAGCUGCCAUUUCUCACGCAUUCAGCUGCCAUUUCUCACGCAUUCAGCUGCCAUUUCUCACGCAUUCAGCUGCCAUUUCUCACGCAUUCAGCUGCCAUUUCUCACGCAUUCAGCUGCCAUUUCUCACGCAUUCAGCUGCCAUUUCUCACGCAUUCAGCUGCCAUUUCUCACGCAUUCAGCUGCCAUUUCUCACGCAUUCAGCUGCCAUUUCUCACGCAUUCAGCUGCCAUUUCUCACGCAUUCAGCUGCCAUUUCUCACGCAUUCAGCUGCCAUUUCUCACGCAUUCAGCUGCCAUUUCUCACGCAUUCAGCUGCCAUUUCUCACGCAUUCAGCUGCCAUUUCUCACGCAUUCAGCUGCCAUUUCUCACGCAUUCAGCUGCCAUUUCUCACGCAUUCAGCUGCCAUUUCUCACGCAUUCAGCUGCCAUUUCUCACGCAUUCAGCUGCCAUUUCUCACGCAUUCAGCUGCCAUUUCUCACGCAUUCAGCUGCCAUUUCUCACGCAUUCAGCUGCCAUUUCUCACGCAUUCAGCUGCCAUUUCUCACGCAUUCAGCUGCCAUUUCUCACGCAUUCAGCUGCCAUUUCUCACGCAUUCAGCUGCCAUUUCUCACGCAUUCAGCUGCCAUUUCUCACGCAUUCAGCUGCCAUUUCUCACGCAUUCAGCUGCCAUUUCUCACGCAUUCAGCUGCCAUUUCUCACGCAUUCAGCUGCCAUUUCUCACGCAUUCAGCUGCCAUUUCUCACGCAUUCAGCUGCCAUUUCUCACGCAUUCAGCUGCCAUUUCUCACGCAUUCAGCUGCCAUUUCUCACGCAUUCAGCUGCCAUUUCUCACGCAUUCAGCUGCCAUUUCUCACGCAUUCAGCUGCCAUUUCUCACGCAUUCAGCUGCCAUUUCUCACGCAUUCAGCUGCCAUUUCUCACGCAUUCAGCUGCCAUUUCUCACGCAUUCAGCUGCCAUUUCUCACGCAUUCAGCUGCCAUUUCUCACGCAUUCAGCUGCCAUUUCUCACGCAUUCAGCUGCCAUUUCUCACGCAUUCAGCUGCCAUUUCUCACGCAUUCAGCUGCCAUUUCUCACGCAUUCAGCUGCCAUUUCUCACGCAUUCAGCUGCCAUUUCUCACGCAUUCAGCUGCCAUUUCUCACGCAUUCAGCUGCCAUUUCUCACGCAUUCAGCUGCCAUUUCUCACGCAUUCAGCUGCCAUUUCUCACGCAUUCAGCUGCCAUUUCUCACGCAUUCAGCUGCCAUUUCUCACGCAUUCAGCUGCCAUUUCUCACGCAUUCAGCUGCCAUUUCUCACGCAUUCAGCUGCCAUUUCUCACGCAUUCAGCUGCCAUUUCUCACGCAUUCAGCUGCCAUUUCUCACGCAUUCAGCUGCCAUUUCUCACGCAUUCAGCUGCCAUUUCUCACGCAUUCAGCUGCCAUUUCUCACGCAUUCAGCUGCCAUUUCUCACGCAUUCAGCUGCCAUUUCUCACGCAUUCAGCUGCCAUUUCUCACGCAUUCAGCUGCCAUUUCUCACGCAUUCAGCUGCCAUUUCUCACGCAUUCAGCUGCCAUUUCUCACGCAUUCAGCUGCCAUUUCUCACGCAUUCAGCUGCCAUUUCUCACGCAUUCAGCUGCCAUUUCUCACGCAUUCAGCUGCCAUUUCUCACGCAUUCAGCUGCCAUUUCUCACGCAUUCAGCUGCCAUUUCUCACGCAUUCAGCUGCCAUUUCUCACGCAUUCAGCUGCCAUUUCUCACGCAUUCAGCUGCCAUUUCUCACGCAUUCAGCUGCCAUUUCUCACGCAUUCAGCUGCCAUUUCUCACGCAUUCAGCUGCCAUUUCUCACGCAUUCAGCUGCCAUUUCUCACGCAUUCAGCUGCCAUUUCUCACGCAUUCAGCUGCCAUUUCUCACGCAUUCAGCUGCCAUUUCUCACGCAUUCAGCUGCCAUUUCUCACGCAUUCAGCUGCCAUUUCUCACGCAUUCCUCAUCCUGCCACGCAUGCGCAUCCUCCAAUAUGCCAGUCAGUCCAGUCCUCUCCAAUCUCCUUGUUUCUACCUUUUACUACAACUUUCUUUGUGA